CACGCCCUCAGAGGCGGGCAGUGGGCGGUGCCCGGCAGCGGGCGCGGCCCGGGCGGGGUCGGAGCGAUGGCGGAGAGCGACUGGGACACGGUCACGGUGCUGCGCAAGAAGGGCCCGAGCGCGGCCCAGGCCAAGUCCAAGCAGGCGAUCUUGGCGGCCCAGCGGCGCGGCGAGGACGUGGAAACCUCCAAGAAGUGGGCAGCAGGCCAGAACAAGCAACACUUCAUUACAAAGAACACGGCCAAGCUUGACCGUGAAACAGAGGAGCUGCACCAUGACAGAGUUUCCCUGGAGGUGGGCAAAGUGAUCCAGCAGGGCCGGCAGAGCAAGGGCCUCACACAGAAGGACCUGGCCACGAAAAUCAAUGAAAAACCACAAGUUAUUGCUGACUAUGAAUCAGGACGAGCAAUCCCCAAUAACCAGGUCAUGGGCAAGAUUGAAAGAGCCAUCGGCCUCAAACUGCGUGGAAAGGACAUUGGAAAACCUCUGGAAACUGGCCCUAAAGGGAAAUGACAACAAAGCCUCGAAAUAAAUUUGCUCAGACUGAUCUGGCUCUCCUCAACCACUCUGCAUAUUGCCAAGCUGAACAAGAGGGUUUCAGACUUGCUUUUGGGGGGAAAUCUGCUGAAUCUGUACCUGCUGUAAAAAGGCAACCUUAAAGAAGCAAUUUUCCUAAUGUUUGUUUUUCCUUGCUCCUUUUCAGAGAUAAGGAUCUGAAUCCCAAGAAAAAAAAACCCUAACCCUGCCUCUGAUUGGCCAGAAAACAUGUGCAUUGUGGUGUUAGGCAGCAGCUGAUGUUAAGGCACUUCGGGUGGUCUGAAAUGCAAUGAUUUAAUUGAAAUACUUUGGAGGAUGGGUGAGAUAUAAUAUAUACAAAUAAUUUGGGAGAAUUGGGGCUUGAUCAGAAAUGAUGACUCAGUCACUAUAUCUCAAUGAGUUUGGUUUGUUCUUUCCAGCCUGUUUUAAAGAGAUCUAUAAUAAAGUUUGAUACCCUUCA